CUCAAGAUGGACCAGAAUUGAAAAGAUUUUUCAGGAUUAUUCGGAAACAGACAAAAUGGCUGAUAGCAGAGAGCGAAUACGAGGUCCUUCCAGGGAUGGAAGGGAGUUUCUCACAAGUCCAAGACAUGUUCUUCGUCGGUUAAUGUUGCUUUCAGAAGGGAGACAAUAUCGAGAAGCAGCUGGAGUAGUUGGCCGAUUGGGACCAUCCGUUUUACGUUCCGUCAUAACAGAGCUUCCGAUAGAUUUGCUGUUAGAAGCUCUACCCCAUAGUGCAUAUCUAUUGGAAUCAUUUUUUUCAAGAUUACUCACUUUAAAUCCAGCACCAAAGCCAGAUGUACCGGUUGAGGCAGUUACAUGGCAACUAGUGCGACUCUUUUCCAACCCACACGAAUCCGGCCUCCGACAACGCUGUUCCAAACUGCUCCAAGCCAUUGGCCAAUAUGAACCAUCAAUCCGCCAAAAUAUCCGUGAACGCCGAAAAUCCUUCGACAUGGCAGUUCAAGGACUCGGAAUACAUGGCCUUACAGCCGAUCAUACCGGUCAACUGAUAUCCCUUCAUCAAGCUCUUAAGACUGAACUCCAACGUCAUAUCGACAUCUACAAGGCGGCCAUUCAUAAACUAGAAGAAUUGAGUGUAAUAACCGUCAAUCAGCAUCCAGCACAUUCCUCCCAUCAACGUCUGCUAGCCAUCAAUUAUGGUGACAUCCAACAGCGUCUAAUAGACAACAAGACCCUAUUAACGACAUUAGACAAGCCCGCCCUCAAGCAAUUGGCAGUUCUAGUAGAGAAUCUCGGUCAAAGGGUACAAAACGACAAAGAGGUGCUACAAUGUGUCAGUUUGAUAAAACGUCUUGACGCCCAAUCCUGCAUAGAGAAACGACCUGCCGCAGGCUUACUUAUGAAUUUCACCCGUGGUUGCGAAGCUGUGUUAAGCCUCAUGGGACCAGAAUCUGCUCCGCCCAGCCCAAGUGCGGGAAGUAACUUUAGUGAUGGUUAUCAUUCAGAUGAUUCUGCUGCUGUCGAUGAGAUGAGUGAAAUUGUAUCACAAUAUCGAUAUUUGUAUGAAGAAAAUAGGACAGAAACGCUGGAGGUGUUAGAUAGCUUACCGCAACUGAAGCACGUGCAUAACUUGAAAGCGAAAUUACUUUUUUCGAUUAUUGUGCUUUCGUUCCGAGCAUGCCAUGGAAUGCGUGAACGCAAAGUAAUCGAGGUGCGUCGAACUCUGAGUUGUCCAUUGGAUAGCAUGAAUGAGAUCUCGUUGGCUUUGGAUCGUUCGGUGCGUGCACAUCUUCACAUCACAGCAGAUACCUUCCCAAUGGGAGACAUAGAACGACAGGUGUCUAAUCAGGUUCUUUCGACGCUACACGAAUAUCCAUGUUUAGAAACAUGCUUGCCACUAACCAAAUUUAUCAGCGAUUGCGUGAGACAAGCUUGGAAGAUGGUCAAUCAGAAAUGCCCUUAUUAUCUGGAUAGUGAUUUUAAUUUGGGUUUCCUUCGUCCAGAAAAACACGAGCGUCAUCAACAAUCGGAUCGACGUUCGGAUCUUAUAAAGGCAUUCCUUUGGCCAGCUCUAAUGCAAAACAAUCAAUGUGUUUUUAAAGCAUUUGUAGAAACUUAAUAGUAUUUUUGCUUUUUUUAUUUUGUUAUUUUAUAAAAUUUAUUUUAAAAUUAAGUAAAAAUAAUUAUAAAAAUUUGCAAUAUCAAACAAAUUUGUACAAAAUAAUUUUUAAAUCUAAUUUUAUGUUUUGUAAAGAAAUUUUUUAUAUAAAUUUUUUU